AUGUCUGCAGUCUGCGAGAAAGCAGAUCCCCUCGAGGGUAUCUUUGGCUGGCCGCCUGGGUCCAGGUUCAGCGACAUUGUCGAACUAUGGCAUGGCCACCGGACACCGAUAAUUUUGUGCGCGCUAGUUUUGCUCGUUGUAUUUCGAAUCUAUGUGCACAAUUUUGAGGAAGCGGGAUCGCUGAAGAAGCUGCCGAAACGGUACGAAAAGGAAAUUGAGCCCUCGAGCGCGAACAAGCAGCCGAAUGUUUCGAGUUUCGAAACGCCAAUCGUCAAGCCCAACGGACCUCGACGAAUCAAAGGCGGCAUUGCCAAGAAGCCAGCGGCGCAAGAAAACGAAGAACCCGACAAGAGCCGACCCAUCAAGACGAUGGUGUUUUUCUCAUCGGUCACGACCAAGACGGACAAGAUUGCGCGACAGUAUAUAAACACUUUGGGACAAUCGGUUGAUCAGCUCUCGCGCGAGACGGAGCGCCGAUUUCUCAAGCCUGAGCUCCACGAUCUGUCGGAAAUCGAUUUCGAGGAUUUUUUUGUCAGCCCCGCCAAGACGGUCGAGAAUGCCCAUCUAUUCUACCUAUUCCUUAUCCCUAGCUACAACAUCGACACCAUCAACGACACACUGCUGCAACACCUCGAAGAGACGCACCAUGACUUCAGAAUUGACACUGCACCUUUGGCAUCUCUGUUAGGGUACUCAGUAUUUGGGUUCGGAGACAAGGAGGGCUGGCCUAAUGAGGCGGACGGGUAUUGCUUCCAGGCUACAGAGUUGGAUAAAUGGAUGUCCAAGUUGACUGGCCGCAAGCGCGCAUACCCUGUUGGCAUGGGUGAUAUGAAGAGCGACCAUUCUAAACGGUUUAAGGAGUGGACAUGGGGUGUACAAGAAGCCAUCGCCCAUGUUGCUAGCACCGGAAGCCUGGGCGAAGGUGUUCCCGGCAGUGGUGAUGCCAUUGAAAGCGACGCAGAGGAUGCGGCCGAGGAAGACGAUGGGGCGUUACUGAUUGAAGGAGAUGUGUCCAGUGGCGACAAGGAAUUUUCUCGACCCCUAGAUGACGUAGAAGAUUUGGGUCGCAUGAUUCGAACAGCUGACAGCGAUGGGAAGAAAGCGCCGCCUCCCGUCGACUUCACCUCACACGGCUCACCGUCUACAAAGGAGCGCAGACCGACAGCCCCCGUUAUCAAGGAAAUGGUCGCCAAAAAUUCGCCAACAUAUGCGGCCCUCACCAAGCAAGGUUACUCAAUCGUCGGCUCUCACUCGGGCGUCAAGAUCUGUCGCUGGACAAAGUCGGCCCUGCGCGGCCGAGGAAGCUGCUACAAGUACUCGCUGUAUGGCAUCAAUUCCCACCAAUGCAUGGAGACGACACCGUCUCUGUCCUGCUCCAACAAAUGCGUCUUUUGCUGGCGACACGGCACCAAUCCCGUGGGCACCACAUGGCGCUGGGUAGUUGACCCCCCGGAGAUGAUAUUCGAAGGCGUCAAAGAAAACCACUACAAGAAGAUCAAGAUGAUGCGCGGCGUGCCCGGCGUGCGAGCAGAGCGGUACGCCGAGGCCCUCAGGAUCCGCCACUGCGCACUCUCGCUGGUCGGAGAACCCAUCUUCUACCCUCACAUCAACGAAUUCCUCGCCAUGCUCCACGCAGAACGCAUCUCGUCGUUUCUGGUCUGCAACGCCCAACACCCCGACCAGCUAGCGGCCCUCAAGGCCGUCACCCAGCUCUACGUCUCCAUCGACGCUUCCAACAAGGAUUCCCUCCGCAAAAUCGACAGACCCCUACACCGCGACUUCUGGGAGCGUUUCCAGCGCUGCCUGGACAUUCUCCGCGAGAAACGGUUCCGCCACCGCACCGUCUUCCGCCUCACCCUCGUCAAGGGCUUCAACGUCGAAGACGAAGCAGAGGGCUACGCGCAGCUCGUGGAGCGCGGACUCCCCUGCUUCGUCGAAGUCAAGGGCGUCACGUACUGCGGGACAUCGACCUCCUCCAACGCCGGGCUGAGCAUGUCCAACGUCCCGUUCUACUGGGAAGUUUGCGAAUUCGUCAAGGCUCUCGAGCAGAGACUCCAGGCCAAGGGCUUACAGUACGGCAUUGCGGCGGAGCACGCGCACAGUUGCUGUGUUCUGCUCGCCAGUGAGCGGUUCCUGGUCAGUGGCAGGUGGCACACGCACAUUGAUUAUGAGCGCUUCUUCGAGCUGCUCGAGGAGAGGGGACCGGAUGGCGACUGGACGCCCGAGGAUUACAUGGGCGCGCCGACCCCCGAGUGGGCGUUGUGGGGGAAUGGAGGCUUUGAUCCGAGAGACGACCGGGUCGACAGGAAGGGAAGGAAGAUUGAGAACGUCGUGGUGCGAGAGGCCCCGCCGCCGGAGAGCUGGUAA